UGUAGCUUGCGCAUGUGUGUAUUCUCUUUCUCAUGCUGCUUGCUGCUUGCUUAGUUAUAAUUCAUAAAAUAUGGCGGAUUCAGCAGGAAAUUGGUGUCUCAUUGAAAGUGAUCCUGGCGUCUUUACAGAGUUAAUUAAAGAAUUCGGAGUCAAAGGAGCACAAGUGGAAGAAUUAUGGAGUUUGGAUGAUAAGCAAUUCGAUGAAUUGAAGCCUAUUCAUGGUUUGAUAUUUUUAUUCAAAUGGAUACAAGAUGAUGAACUAUCAGGAAGUAUUGUGCAAGAUAGUAGAUUGGACAAAAUAUUUUUUGCAAAACAGGUAAUAAACAACGCUUGUGCGACACAAGCCAUAUUGAGUGUUUUAUUAAAUUGUAAACAUGCGGACAUAUCUUUAGGACCAAAUUUAGAGGAAUUUAAAAAUUUUUGUCAAAGUUUUGAUGCAAAUAUGCGUGGACUUGCCCUUAGCAAUUCUGAUGUUAUACGGGAAGUGCAUAAUUCUUUCUCCAGGCAAAAUUUAUUUGAAUAUGACUCAAAACAAGCAUCUAAGGAUGACGAUGUGUUUCAUUUUGUAAGUUAUGUUCCGAUUGAUGGACGUUUAUAUGAAUUAGAUGGAUUAAAAGAUGGACCAAUUGAUUUAGGCCCAUGCCCAGUAGGAGAACAAUGGGUACAAGCUGCAAAGCCUAUAAUUGAGAAGCAGAUAAAGAAGUAUAAUGGAGAUGAAAUUCAUUUCAAUCUAAUGGCUAUAGUAACAGACAGAAAAACUGUAUACGAAAGACAAAAAGCCAACAUUUGUGAUCCUGCAGAACUGGAUCGUUUAGAAUCGCUAAUCGAGGAAGAAAUGACAAAAUCGAGAAGAUAUCAGAUAGAGAAUAUUAGAAGAAAACAUAAUUAUUUACCUCUUAUUAUGGAACUUUUGAAGAUUCUUGCUAAAGAUGGUAAGCUUGUGCCAUUAUAUCAAAAGGCAAAAGAAAAAGCACUUGAGAAGGAAUCAAAGAAAAAGUAAAAUGUGAAUUUAUUUCAAGACAACGAGAAAAAGGAUAAAAGUUACACUUUAUGUGAUAUUUGUAUGUUAUUACAGAGACUUUUCUAUCAGUCACUGUAUCACUUUUUUAAUUAAACAGGUAUUUGCAUAAUAA